AAAUAUCACGCAAAGAGGAUGUCAUUUCAUUGACAUUAUGUUCUCAACUAAAUGUAAUUUUGUCAGUAACACAUUCUUUAUUUACGAAUUUUUCGCCCCGUAGUUAAAAUACACCACCCCGUGUUUGAAAUUCAGUUGAUAUGUGGAAAAGUACUGUGGGGCUACCAAGGGGGUUUCGGAAUCAGUCUUGUUGCAAACUGAAUUAGUUUCUUUCCGAUGAAAAAUUCAAAAUGGAAUUAUUUGUACGUCUUUUGUCAUGACUUGCGUAGGAAACCAGGUGCUGUAGUCGAUCCCGUAACGUAGCAUGAAGCAAUAUAACGGGAAUAUCAGAUGAUCUCACUUCCGAAUAUAUCCUCCACUUCCACAAAUAUUCUGCUAAAAGCUGCACGCUUGAAUCUCGUAUUGCAUUGGUUCAACGGCCGUCUUCCUGCUUAGGUAGAAGGUGGGGGAUUAAUAUCGGAAGUGCAUGUUGUGAAGUGUUAAAACUGUUAAAGAGAACUGACUUUGUGUACGCGUUGUAUAAAAUAGUCGUUCCACUUCAGCAUUAUGAGUUGUGAAGUAAAUGAGAAAUGGGCUGCCGACGCUGAGCCGUUAGCCGGCGUCACGCAAAACCUAUGUGUAAAUGUGGCCAAAUUUCCAGACUUAAGACGAGUUCCAAAUUUCCAGCCAUUUCUUUCUACCAACACAUAUUAUGGAUACAUGCCAGUGUUUCCUCGCUCCGAUGAUUGUGAAAUGGACACUGAUGAUACAAACUCUUGGACUAAAUUAGGUCUAAAUUCGCAUUGUGCCCAUCGUCAGAACGAAAAUGUUGGUGCUUUUCCGGGAUUAACUCGAAAGCGCUGUAGCAGAGACAUGCAGCCGCACGAGCAAGGCGCCAAGAAAAGCAGACGCGAAGAGCUACCCGUUACAGGGUUUUCGGCGCGACAGACAACAAUGCAGCAAUUAGACGCACACUAUCCAAGGUGCAUCAUGGGUCAUUUGGUGUGAUACUAUUGUAUUGAAAAUUUUGGAAUUUUCAAAUGUGGCUUUAGUUGAUCAUUUACGUUUUAUAUUUUCUUGCUUAAAACAUUGGGAGAACAUAACACUUACCUUGAGAUCAUUCUUUUUGUUCCUUAGAGCCUGUGUCUAAAUGUGAAAAGGACAUUGAGAGGCAUACCUCUGAAGAAAGUGAAUUGGCGUUGGAACAAUUAUUGAAAUAUACUCACGGCUGUGACAUAUAUAAUUAUUAUUCUGCUUGUGACAUCUAACAUGUAACUAAUUACUUAAUUUAUAUACUUUUUUAAUGUAUUGACAGUUUUGUAUUGAUUGUGAGUUGUAAUAAUAAAUAUUGUAUUCUAAUCAAA